AUGGACAUGGGAACAUCAAGCAUGGAUAUGGGAGGUGCGACGGCGACUGCAACCGGAACGAUGGCUGCAGCAAGCACCGCUGCGGCCAUGGAUAUGGGAGGCGGAUGUCAAGUUUCUAUGCUUUGGAACUGGUAUACCAUUGACUCGUGUUUCAUCUCGAGUACAUGGCAUAUUACCUCGAACGGGAUGUUCGCUGGCUCUUGCAUUGGCGUGAUACUACUCGUCAUGUCACUAGAGUUCCUUCGUCGAGCGUCAAGGGAAUACGAUCGCUUUAUCGUCCGUCAAGCACGGAGUCAACACCAGCACAUCCAGUCUAACGUAGACAUCAAUCCCAAGAUAGCCGCAUCCGGUCCUCAGUCAACUCAAACUAUUGUUACUCCACAAAAAAUCACGCAAAGCUUUCGACCGCAUCUCGUGCAACAGAUUAUCAGAGCACUCUUUCAUAUGAUGCAGUUUGCAGUGGCUUACUUCGUUAUGUUGCUGGCUAUGUAUUUUAAUGGGUACAUCAUCAUCUGUAUCAUAAUUGGAGCUUUCCUAGGUUCUUUUGUGUUCAGUUGGGAGCCGAUAAAUUUGAGGUUAGCCAUCUGCAGGCAACCUUCUGCUGUGGUUAGUCAAGUUGUUGAAAUGCUGAAAUGGCCAAAGUUGAUCGGAUUCGGUGGCACUGUAUAG